CUCGCUUUGUGGGCUGUCGCAGAGAAGCUUGUCUGAGACACAAGCUGAGCAGCAUGAACACCAGGUAUGACGAGAUGCAGGGGCAGAGGCAGCCGGCCCAGCGGAUGAAGGCGAUAGCGAUGGCCGGCCGGCAGCUCAGUACCGUCGGACAUUAAAGGUACCGUCGUUGUUCUGUUGCAGCUGCAGGCUGGUCCCCUGGUAGGUGAGGCGGUGGCCAAAGGUCUUGUAGAUGGCCAAGAUCAGGGGCAAGUGAUGUAAGGCUGUUGCUGUGGGCAGCGAGUCGGCCGAUAUCUGCAGGGGCCGCGUGGUCAGCCGAUAGAUGAAUGCCAGCCGAAGGAACUGACCCAUUGCCCGCCAUUCCUCGCCAGUGCCUUGAUCCAGGAGAUAGACGAAUCUGAAGCCGCCCUCCACAUCGUCACCGCAGCACCGUCACCGUCCCCCUGUCGAUGACGUCACUCUCCAGCUCGAACCGUGCCAGCAGACACCAACCAACACAGGGUAGCAGACGGCGAGCGGCUGACCGUUCCUCGGCGGGCAGCCCCUGGAAGAAUGCCGGCAGGGGGCGGACGCUGGCCGAGCUGCUGGAUGUCAGGUUGUUGUUGGCCUUGUCGGGCAGGUUGACGGCGCUGCGCUGGGCGCAAGGAGACGGCAGCGUGUUGAAGGGCGUCCGUGGCAUAGAACCCUCAGCUUUGUCAGCCGAGGGCGGCUUGUCGUGGGUGACCGUCUUGUCGGGCGAAAUGACGAUAUUCGGUGAGCCCUGGGAACCUGAUCCAGUCAGCACAGAGACAUUUACGAUAUGAGACAUAGUCAUGGGUGCAGGUUGAGGGCUGUGUUCACUAGCUCACCGGUAUUCUUGGCGAGAGCCGUGGCGGUCGAGGCGACGGAAGAGCAGGACAU